AGGUCUGUGUGAAAACACCUUUGAAAGAAGAAUCGGUGGAUGGUUUGUGUGGUUGGGUCAAGGGAUCCUUUUGGCGGUAUAUAUUGAUUCCAAGCCAUCUCACUCGUCACCGCUACCACCCAAUCACCCGACCCAAAUCCCUGUCUCCAACACCAACAAUCCAGUUCUUCUAUGGCGUCUCUGCUGGUCCACUCAUCAAUUUCACAUUCCAACGCUCGCCCACAAUCUUCUUUCCCUUCACAAAACACUGUAUUUGAUUUCAAAUACACCCACAACCUACCGAAGAGAAGAAAACCGAUCAUUUCUUUGUCCGCCGUCGACGAAAAAGUUCCCGUUUCCGAACCAUCUCCGUCUUCUUACACGGGCUUUCAGUUACCUGGUACCGUGCAGUCUUUAAAGCUCAAGUUGGUGACUGCUGUUUCUGGGCUCAAUAAAGGGCUUGCUGCAAGUGAAGAAGAUUUGAAGAAGGCAGAUUUUGCAGCCAAAGAGCUUGAAUCUGCUGGAGGACCUGUUGAUCUUUCAGCUGAUCUUGACAAACUUCAAGGAAGAUGGAAACUGAUAUACAGCAGUGCUUUCUCAUCUCGUACUCUAGGUGGGAGCCGUCCUGGCCCUCCGAUCGGAAGGCUACUUCCUAUAACUCUUGGCCAGGUAUUUCAACGUAUUGAUACCGUGAGCAAAGACUUCGAUAACAUAGUAGAGCUUCAACUUGGCACGCCAUGGCCUCUUCAACCAGUAGAAGUGACUGCUACAUUAGCCCAUAAGUUUGAGAUCAUAGGAUCUUGUCUGAUCAGAAUCACCUUUGAGAAAACAACAGUAAAGACAACAGGAAACUUAUCUCAGCUGCCAUCAUUGGAGGUACCCCAGCUACCAGAACAGUUUAGACCAUCAACUAAUAGAGGAAGUGGUGAAUUUGAAGUUACUUACCUUGAUUCUGAUCUUCGUAUUACAAGAGGAGAUAGAGGAGAACUUAGAGUUUUUGUGGCCUCCUAAAUGAAGAACACAGCAUGAAUCUGGGACUUCGGUAUAAUCACAUUGUUCGUUUUGAACUGAAAUAUGUGUAGCGAAGCACAACACGGUGUAUAUUUUUUAUUUACCACACAUCUUGCCUAUACAAACUUUACAUUUUGUACUUUGUAGUGCAUCUAAACACGUUGAGAUCAAAUAAAUGUAGCAUUUAUAGCACAUAAAA